ACAAUGAAACCUUUCCUUGUCUUAGGCUAUGGGGAUCAAUGACCUACUUUCAUUUGAUUUCAUGGACGCUCCUCCUAUGGAGACCCUUAUCACAGCCAUGGAACAAUUAUACACGCUGGGAGCACUAGAUGAUGAAGGUUUGCUGACGAGACUUGGACGCAGGAUGGCAGAGUUUCCUCUGGAGCCCAUGCUAUGUAAAAUGCUGAUCAUGUCUGUACAUCUUGGAUGCAGUGAAGAGAUGUUAACAAUUGUGUCCAUGCUAUCUGUACAAAAUGUCUUUUACCGACCAAAGGACAAGCAAGCUCUUGCAGAUCAGAAGAAAGCAAAGUUCCACCAAGCAGAAGGGGAUCAUCUCACCUUGCUUGCUGUCUACAAUUCGUGGAAAAACAAUAAAUUUUCCAACCCUUGGUGCUAUGAAAACUUCAUCCAAGCGCGUUCCCUUCGCAGAGCACAGGAUAUCCGUAAACAGAUGCUGGGUAUCAUGGACAGACAUAAGCUGGAUGUUGUUUCAUGUGGAAAAGCCACAGUGCGAGUUCAGAAAGCAAUCUGCAGUGGUUUCUUCCGCAAUGCAGCUAAGAAGGACCCACAGGAGGGAUACCGUACACUGAUUGACCAGCAGGUGGUGUACAUUCACCCCUCCAGCGCUCUCUUCAACAGACAGCCUGAAUGGGUUGUAUAUCAUGAACUUGUCUUGACUACUAAGGAAUACAUGCGAGAAGUGACCACCAUUGACCCACGCUGGCUAGUAGAGUUUGCACCGGCUUUCUUCAAAGUGUCUGACCCUACUAAACUCAGCAAGCAAAAGAAACAACAGAGGCUGGAGCCCCUGUACAACCGCUACGAAGAGCCCAACGCCUGGAGAAUCUCGCGCGCGUUCAGACGACGUUAAAUUGCUGGUUGUCAAAACUGUUUGGUGAAGGAAGUGGGACUGGAAGCAAGACAAAAUGCUAAAGGGAUUAAGACUGAAAAGUAGAGCUGUAUGUUGAAAGCACCUCCAGUAUUUAAGAUGACUUAUUUUUAUGUGUUGCUCUGUACGAUGUAUUCUUGGCAUUUAAAAGUUUCCUAUGUAGGGAAACACUUUGUGUCCUGAUUUAUUCAUGAAUUACACCAUUGUGCAAAUCAGCUCUAUACAUACCUGGUUAGGAGCUGCUGUUUUAUCUGUCUGUGCAGAAUUUACUAAUGUACAAUUGCAAUUGAACCCAAAAAAAAACUUUUCUAUGGCAUCAAAUAGAAUGUGGCAGAAAUUCCUUACUUUAAAAAGGCUGCAUCCCUUUUUCAAUUUUCAUUUUGAACCACAGCUGUUGUUUUGAAAUAGGCACAAAGUGUAAUCGAGAAUGUGUUUGAAUAUUCUGAAAUAUUAUGCAUUUGAAACCUCUGGAGUCAAGAAAUGCACAACUGCAACAUAAAUCUGGAAGUCUGCAUUUCAGUACGAGAAACCAGAUUCAUUUUGUGUUUGGAAAGUUCUUUCCUUCCCUUGACAUGCUGAACGAUCUGUUCUAAAUAAUCUUCUUCAGUCCCUUAUCUUCUAGAUACAUUUUACUCAGAACAUUCGAGUAACUUCUUAAUACGUCAGUUUUUUUAUGACUGUCGAGAGGUGUAAUUGUUGUUGGAAAAUGGAUUAAACAUUGUAGUGUAAAACAUGCCUUUUGGCCAUUACCUUCUUCAAGACUUUAAUAAUUCUUCCAGUGCAUUAUAAGGUAUAAACAGUUAAACUGUUAAUGCAGAUUUUUUUCAAUUAAUUUCAAAGGAAUUGGCAGAUACCAUUCUUUCCAAAAACUAUCAAUUUUUGAUGUACAGUAUUCAGUUCUAACUGGUGGUUUCACAGGCAGGUGUUGCAGCAGCUGAGAAUGAGCAAUCAAGGGAAUUUUUUCUAUUGGAAGACUUGAGUCAGUUUCAUCUGUGAUUGCAAUAUAUUUAUAUUAGGAUUUAAUGUACAUAUUGUAAAAAUAAUUUCUUUAAAUAUGUAGCCUCUCAAGGAUCUAAAUAAAUCUGGGCUGUAUAUUUUGUA